CACAUAUUCACGAUGAUUGUGAUUCUAGUGCUUUUCUUAAUUUUUGUAAAAAUUAACAGAUUGUGAAAAAUGGAGUUAAAAGUGUUCAAAUGCACGUAAAAGCUAGAAUCUAUACUUAAAAAGCCAUUAUUUUAUGGCAGUAAAUGAUUAACCGUGCCAUAAAUAGUGUCACGAAAAAUCGAUGUAGAGGAAAUUGUGAAAAUUAAUCUUUGAAACAAUCGCCUUUUGCAUUGAAUGCACAUGUGCACAUACAUAUAUAUACGUUUGUAUAUAGUUUAAAGAACAUUUUGCUGUGUUUUAAAUAUGUAACGAAUAUGAGUUGUAUAUAUUCUAUGACGCAGAAAAGUAUCCUUUUUGUAUUCUACCAAAGAACACUGCUGAAACGUUAGCAAAGCCCGCCCCGUGCGUUUGAAGGUUCAAGACCGCAGUAUCAUACAAACUCAGAUAACUAAAGCUCAACGAAAGGAACAGCAGUUCCUAAAAUGUCUGACGGCAGUGUGCUGCACAUAAAACAGGAGUUGGACAUAAGCACCUCAUGCUGCAGUCCGACCACCUCCACCACAUUCGGUGUAAAUCGGUCGAAUUCGUAUUCGAAUGGAACCAGCGGUAGUACAAGCAGCACCAGCAGUGGUAGCGUCGUAAGUGGAGGUGGCACAGGUGCGAACACUUCCACCAGUGGCAAUAAAUCAUCACCUUCUGUGUCACCAGAGCGACAGCUGUGUAGCUCAACGACUACGCUAACGCCUGAUUUGCAGAGGGUCGCCUUUACUAGCUGCGAAACAAGUACUUCAACUCCCUUAAAAGGCAGCGAAUGUAAUGGCAGCAACAGCAAUUCUCUAGCUAACAGCAGUAACACCAUUAGUGGCGGUGGAGCUACAACUGGCGGCUCAAUACGCGACGAAUUGCGUCGUCUUUGCUUGGUAUGCGGUGAUGUUGCAUCAGGAUUCCAUUAUGGAGUCGCUAGUUGUGAGGCCUGCAAGGCGUUUUUUAAACGCACCAUACAAGGAAACAUAGAGUACACAUGUCCCGCUAACAAUGAAUGUGAGAUUAAUAAGCGUAGACGCAAGGCAUGUCAAGCGUGUCGUUUCCAAAAAUGUUUACUUAUGGGCAUGUUGAAGGAAGGUGUGCGACUGGAUCGCGUGCGUGGUGGUCGACAGAAGUAUCGACGUAAUCCCAUAUCAAACUCUUACCAAACAAUGCAGCUCCUUUACCAAUCCAAUAGUACCUCAUUAGAAGAUAUCAAAAUACUAGAGAUUCUAAACGCAUACGAGCCGGACGCACUUACGGUACAACAGCAACUAGAACAGCCGCACACAACUACCGAUGGCAGCAGCCAUGCAAGCAUCACAAAAGUCACGCAGAGUAGUAAAAUUAAGCUGGAGCAAAAUAAUUGCAAUAGUGGUGGCAGCAAUAGUAGCCACAGCGAGAUAAUAUCUUCCAGCAUGACAACAUCCACCCUACAGCCGACAUGCAUAUUUCAAAACAACAAUUGCGACGCAGACGAAAUUCUCUCCGUGCUCAGUGAUCUAUAUGAUAAGGAACUGGUAAGCGUAAUUGGCUGGGCUAAGCAGUUGCCCGGCUUCACUGAGUUGCCCCUCAACGACCAAAUGAAGCUUUUGCAAGUAUCCUGGGCGGAAAUACUAACAUUGCAGCUUAGUUUCCGUUCCGUGCCAUUUAAUGGUCGCCUAUGUUUCGCCACCGAUGUAUGGAUGGACGAAUCGCUAGCUAAGGAGUGUGGCUACACUGAAUUUUACUAUCACUGUGUGCAAAUUGCUCAGCGUUUGGAACGUUUGUCACCGCGACGGGAAGAAUAUUAUCUUCUGAAAGCAUUGAUUUUAUCAAAUUGUGAUAUUUUGCUAGAUGACCAAAGUUCAUUGCGAGCAUUUCGUGACACGAUCCUUAAUUCACUAAACGAUGUUGUGUGCUUAUUGCGUUACGGAUCCGCUGUCUCACAUCAGCAACAAUUACUCUUGCUGCUGCCUGCGUUACGACAGGCUGACGGUAUAUUACGUCGCUUCUGGCGAGACAUAUGCCAUGGGGGUAAAAUAACAGUAAAAAAAUUAUUUGUAGAGAUGCUUGAACCGGUGUCCAGGUGAGAACGCAUUUGUGCGAGUCGCAAGACGUGAAAGUUCCUGUAAAUAAGUACACAUAAUUCUCAUGCGCAAUUGGAAAGCAAUGUGGUGUGAUCAAAGCACAAAUAAGUAAAAACAGAAACUCAAUAUAUGUAUGUAUGUAGCUAUAGCGAAAAAAAAUAUACAUAGUUCAAUUAUUUUAAUAUCUGCAACGGUGGCGGUGAUUGUGGAAUAAAGGACAUUUGGGGCUUGCAAUGGUUUUAAGUAUUUUAAUGGGCCGUAUAAAUAAAAACUGAGCAAUUGCUUUUUUAAUUUCAGAUCUUUUUCUCGAUUUAUUUAAAAAAUUUAUGUUAAAGGUCUGGAAUUUUAAGAAAAAGAGAUUGCUUAGUUUUGUACAUACGGCACAAUAUGUACAUACAUAUCUGUGUUCGUAUGGAAAAGUAGCUUAUGUCAAAAGGCCGGCUUUAG